CACUCAUUCAUCUACCCAACCCAAUCAUACUAUACACACUCACCCAAUACAAACCAUAAACCCUGCAACCGUGUCUUCCUCCACCACUACUAGUGCAUCAUACCACACAGCAGCAAUGAACAACCUCGCCGUGAUUCCCGCUAUUCCCAUUCUCCUCACCAUCAUCAUCGCAAUCAUCCUCAUCCCUAUACUCAUCAUAGCUGCCAUCCCCACCGGGAUCUUCCUCUUCUGUGUGGCCGUAUGCGGCGUGAUCGCAGUUGUCGUGUUCGCCCUGUUCUCGAUGUUCUUCAUCAGUCCAGUGAUCUUGGUGGUGGCGGCUCUAACGUGGUUCUUCGUCCUCACCUAUCGAGCGUGCAGAUUUGCCUUCACGGUCCUCUUUGGUCUUCUGGUUAAUAGUUUUGGUUGAGAGGGUUUUUUGUUGUUGUUGUUGUUGUUGGAGUUGGAGAUUUGGGGGUGGGAUAGGAAAGAGGGUUUAUAGGAAUGGAUGGGAGGAAUUGGGGUAAGGAACGGAUUAUGGGUAUGAUGGGUUAUAUCAUAGUUGUUACUAGCGAUGGAG